AUGUCAACUUACGGUCUUUGUUUUUCAACUGAAAUAGGAAUAAAUCCUAUUCCUUUACGAAAUGUUAUUAUCGGAGCUAAUAUCGUUGAUAUGAUCGCUGAAGUUACUAUCAGACAAACUUAUAAAAAUGUUGAAAGAGAUACUAUCGAAGCAUUCUAUAAGUUUCCUAUUUAUGAAGCCGCAGCAAUCUGCGAAUUUGAAGCAGAAAUUGAUGGACGAAGAAAAAUAAAAGGCAUCGUAAAAGAAUCAAAAGAGGCCGCUAAAGAAUAUACUGAAGCAGUUCAGAAAGGACAUGGUGCUUAUUUGUUAGAAUCUGAGUCCGAAGAUGUGUUUCAAUGUUCUGUUGGAAAUAUCACAUCAGGACAAACCGUGGUUAUUAAAAUUACAUAUGUUACCGAGCUUAAACAUGAUUCUGAAUCAGAGAAAAUUCGAUUUAUUCUACCAACUAAUAUCGCUCCAAGAUAUGGUUCUUCAGUAUAUUCGUCAUCUUCAAAUGAUGGAAAAAUUCUUAAACCUGAUGUUGUAUCUUAUUCUAAUAAAGCAGAUUUUUAUUUAGAUCUUACUGUUACUUGCAGAAUGACUUCAACUAUUCAAAAUAUUGAAUCACCUUCACAUAAAAUUUCUACUGAAAUGAAUAUUGAUGAGAAUCCCAAAAUUUCUAAAAUUACUUUAUCCGAACAAAUUACUUAUUUAGAAAAAGAUUUUAUUCUUAUGAUUAAAAGUAAAGAGAUUGAUCAACCACGAGCUUUUGUUGAAUACAAUCCUGAAACAGAAACUAAUUGUGUUAUGUUGACUUUGGUUCCAAAAUUCUCGUUAAAUGUAAUCAUGUCUGAGCUAGUUUUCAUUGUAGAUAGAUCGGGAUCAAUGGGUAUUGAACCUAUGAAGAAAGCCGCACAAGCACUUGAAUUGUUAUUGCAUUCACUUCCUGAAAAUUGCUACUUUAAUGUAAUAUCCUUUGGAUCUCGUUAUGAUUCUCUUUUUCCAAAAAGUCAACUUUAUUCUGAAAAAUCGUUGUCUAAGGCUCUUAAUCUUGCUCAAACAAUGACUUCAAAUUAUGGAGGAACAAAAAUUCAUAAUGUAUUAGAAUGGGUAUUUAAAAAUUCAAGAGAUGAUAUGCCAAUUUCUGUAUUUCUUAUUACAGAUGGCAGAGUUUGGGAUGCUGAUGAGAUUGUAGAACUUGUACGUGAAAAUGAAGAAAAAAAGAAAGAUGAUUUACGGCUUUUUUCAUUAGGAAUUGGUGAUUCUGUUUCUCAUAAUUUAGUUGAAUCUGUUGCCCGUGCUGGUAGAGGAUACGCUCAAUUUGUAACAAAUGAUGAAAGAAUGGAUAGAAAAGUUAUUGAAAUGCUGAAAAGUGCAUUAAAACCACCAAUUAAGGAUUAUAAAAUUACUUGGACUAAUACAGAUCUUUUGGAAUUAAAUGAUGAUAAAUCGGCUAUUAGCUUUAUGAGUGAUGAGACAGAAUCUUUACCAUCUAUUAAGAUUCAACAAGCUCCAUAUAUUAUUCCACCAAUUUAUACUGGUAUUCGUUUUAUGGCCUAUUGUAUUUUGGAAAAAAAUAUUGAGCCAUGUAAAACUAUUACAUUAAAAGCUACUUCUCAUGAUGAUCGUCCUAUGGUACUUGAUAUUCCUUUGGAUCCUGUUACCUUACAAGGUUCAAAAAUUCAUAGAUUAGCGGCAAGAAAACUUAUUCAAGAUCUUGAUUAUAAAAAAUCAUUUAUUCAUAAACAUCCUAAAAAUGUUGGUAAAUUUAUUCCAGCUUCAUUCGUUAAAGAACAUAUUGUUAAACUUGGCAAAACUUAUAAUUUAGCUUCAAAAUUUACAAGUUUUAUUGCAAUCGAUGAAAGAAAUAAUGAAAUUAGUGAAGUUCUAAUUAAAUCUCGAACAAUUCCACAAAAAAGGAAUGUUCCUCAAUUAGCUCCUCAAUUCAGUACAUUACAAUCAAGCAGUAAUUUUAUGACAAUUGGAAGGUUUGCUACUACUGAUACUGCCAUUGCUGGCCUUGCUACCACUUCAAGGAUUAAUAUAAUGGAUUUAGUAAGAUCGGGAAUUCGAUCUCUUGUAUCGGCAAAAUCCGGACCAAAAGAAACAAAAGAAGCACAAUCAGUAUCACUACUAUAUAGUGAAUGUGGACUAAACAUUGAAUCUGAAUUCAAUCAUAAAGAAUCACAAAUUGGAAGCGUAUUUGACGAUAGUAAAUCUGAAGUCAAUCAUAAGGAAUCACAAAUUGAAAAUUUAUUUGGAUUUUUAGAAUUACAGUCAUUUGAUGGUAAAUUCUUAUUAAAUGAUUCGUUUUAUAAAUUUUUUUAUAAGAAUGAUUUAAAUGAUUUCAUCAAUUUAAAACAAGAAAUUAUAAAAGAAAUGGGUGAUAUUGGUAUUAAAGAAAUUGAAGAAAUAUUAACUACUAGUAUUGCAUUGGCUUAUCUGGAAAUAAUUAUAUUUAAAAAAUUUAAAGAUGAAAGUGAGUUGUGUUACGAAAAAGCUGUUAAAGCUUUAAAGAAAAUGGUUGAAGAUGAAGAAAAAGAAAAACUUAUUGGGGAAAAAGCUAAAGAAUGGAUUAAAAAUUGGGUUAUUAAUGGCAAAUGAAUAAGUAAUUUAUAAUAUUCUUUUGAUGAAAAUUUUAUUUCCUUUGUUUUGUAGUAUUUAUGUAUAAUAUGUAGAUAU